AUGUUUGGCCAGUCAUUUGGGGGCUCCGGAUUUGGCCAGAACAAUGCGUUCCAGUCGAACAACAACAACAUGUCGAACAAUUUGUUUGGCAGUAAUACUGGGAUGAAUCAAGUGCAGGCCCAGCCCGCGGCGUUCGGCAGCACAGCCCCAACUCAAUCUACGGGAUUGUUUGGUCAGGCCAGCCAGCCAGCAACCUCGGGAUUCGGGGGAUUCGGCCAGCCUCAGCAGCAAACAAACAAUGCAUUUGGUCAGUCUCAGCAGGGAUCGUCGCUAUUCGGUGCAAAGCCUUCUCCUUUCGGCACGUCAACAAACACAGGAGGAGUCUCUUCAACUCCGGCAUUCGGGGCUACGUCUGGCACGAAUAUGACAGGAUCUGGCCAGGGAACUGCAGCCGUGCCAUUCCAGGCGCGCCAGGAACCAGAGCCGUCCAAGCCCACUAGUACAAAUAUCUAUCAAUCGAUCACCGCGAUGCCGCAGUACUCGAACUUUUCUUUUGAGGAGUUGAGAUGGCAGGACUAUCAGCAAAAUCGCCGGUAUGGAGAUGGCAACACUGGUGGUACUGCCACUGCUUUCGGUGGAGCUCCAUCCACACCGUUCAAUGCUGGGAACACCAGCACUGGGUUCGGAUUUGGAGCCCAAAACCAAAAUCAGACCAGCACCUUUGGCCAGCCGGCAGCUUCUAAUUCUAGUCCCUUUGGCCAGUCAACUACAAAUACUGGUACCGGAAUGUUUGGCCAAUCUAGCUCUAGCCCCUUUGGCCAGCCCAAAGCAGCUUUUGGAUUCGGUGCAAACACUCAAACCAACACCACUGGUAGUGGGUUGUUCGGCAGUAAUACUAUGAACAACAACUCGCCGUUUGGUCAGAAUAACACAAACACCGGAACCACUGGCAGUACCUUUGGAGGAUUUGGCCAGACGAACCAAAAUACUAACACUACGGGCAGCACAUUUGGAGGAUUUGGCCAAAGUACCAACACAAAUACUGGCGGUAGUUUGUUUGGUCAAAGUAAUCCUAGCACCGGUGGAAUGUUUGGUCAAAGUAACAACACUGCCAGCACCAGCGGUGGACUGUUUGGCCAAAAGCCUGCCGGGACCAGCAUGUUUGGUCAAGCAAACAACACUGGAACCACCACUGCUUUUGGACAGCCUGCUUCUGGUGGCGGCUUGUUCGGAGCGAACAGCAGUACUAACAAUACCAAUUCCAGCGGUGGGUUGUUUGGACAAAAGCCUGCAGGAUCUAGCUUGUUUGGCCAGACUAAUAACACAACCACGUUCGGUCAAACCAACAAUACCACCGGUGGAUUUGGAUUUGGGCAGGCUAACACGAACACUACCAAUACUUCUGGUGGCUUGUUCGGCAACAAUACCAACAGCGCUCAACCUUCUGGUGGUCUUUUUGGUGCGAAUAAUGCAAACAGCACUACAAACACGUUCGGCCAACCCAACUCUAGCGGCGGGCUCUUUGGAAAUACUGCAAAUAACACUUCCAACACUUCUGGGGGCCUGUUUGGAGCCAAACCGGCAACAAAUACCUUUGGACAAACUAACACUGGUAGUGGUGGUCUGUUUGGAUCAAACACAAACACUACAGCUGCUAAUUCUGGAAGUACAAUUUUCGGGGGUAACUCAACCAACACGGCCUCCACUGGCACUGGUCUGUUUGGCCAAUCCAAGCCAGCUACUGGGGGGUUGUUUGGAUCGCAGCCCGCAACAAACACGACUACCUCCACAGGUACAGGAUUAUUUGGCCAGUCCAACACUUCUUCAACAGGUACUGGGCUGUUUGGUAGUACUGCAAACACGUCGACGACCACACCUGCAUCAACUUUUGGAAACACAAGCACUACAGGAGGCGGACUGUUUGGCAACAAACCUGCAGGAACAACUUCGUUGUUUGGUUCUACUCAGCCGUCUACUACGGCCACUACAGGUGCUGCCCCGUCCAUGUUUGGUAAACCAGCAGGCACCACAUCCCUAUUUGGACAGCCGGCUAAUGGCCAAGCAACUACUCAACAGCCAUCGGCCCUUGGCGGCUCGCUAUUUGGUGGAUCUGCUGCUAAUACUGCUCCAGCAUUCGGAGCUCUGGGUGCACAGCAACCCGGGCAGCCCAGUCAGUCCCUUGUUGCGACAAUUCAGCAGAAUCCGUACGGCAACAACCCGCUUUUCAACAAUGUUCCAGUUCCUGAGUCUAAAACUGGCUCGUUUGCAACUGCGUUAACCACCACUCCCACUCCCCGUAAGCGCCUUGAUCCGUUAUUGGCCUUCAAGACCCGUCCUCGACGGGUCAAGCCGGUGUCAGGAACCUCCUCACCAACUGCUAGCUCCAACACGACAGCAUCUGUUGAAGCGCCGACUGAGAAAGAACUAUUACUGUACAACGAAAAGACUGACAAACUUAUCUUACGCUCUGAACAGUUUGCUCCUCGCUUAUCUGCUCUCAGGCGGUUGGUGCUCGACUCUCGUGCUGAUGAUAGUGAACUUCCAUCCGUCUCGGCUAUCCCCGAGAGCGCAUCUGUGGAUUUGCAAGCCGCAGCAUCAUCCACACCGCCCCGCAAAUCUGGAUUGGAGUCUGCUAAUGUCAGUGCAACAGCUAACUCGACGAUACCUGCUGCCGCAGCUGUUGUAGCCGCCGACAUGUCCUCUUUGCCUGACAAUGAACAGAUUGACGAAAAUGGCUACUGGAUCUCACCGUCUCAAAGCAAGCUUGAUCACAUGUCUGUCAAGGAGCUCGAGUCUGUGGAGCAUUUCCGCAUUGGCCGCAAAGACAUUGGUUUCGUUACUUUCGACGCCCCCGUCGACCUCUCAGGCUUCUCUAAUGUCCGCAAGCAGGCCGGUGGUCAUCUUAUUGUCUUUGCUGAUCGUAUGUUUGCCUUGUACCCUCAGGAUAAGGACUGUCCUCCCCCCGGUAAAGGCUUCAAUGUGCCCGCUACUGUCACACUGUACAAUCUGUGGGUCAAAGCUAAAGACACUAACCAGCCCAUCAAAGACCGCAACAACGGGCUCUGCAAGCGCCAACUGAAGCGCCUCAAGCAGUUCCCGGGCACAAAGUUUGUCUCGUGGGACCCGGAAACUGGCACCUGGGUUUUCAACCUUGAGCCACGUGAACCGGUUAAGAGUUAA